CGGUUUAGAAUUUCGCGAUUUUUAGGGCGACUUUGAGUCUACCCAACUCAAAUGAAUACCUGUUUUUAGUUGGGGAAAGUCAAUGCGGUUGGUCGUUGUGCUGUCCACAUGACACCCUGCUCGUUCACUGUUUGCCAAAAGUAACAGAUGGAUGAGCUUAUGGAUCGCAAGGUCUGAAGGGGGGACUCUACUUUAUAUUACCUUGGUGUAUGUAGACAGAGGCAGCUUGACAGUGGACAAAACUGGGGAAGCGCUUAAAGUGAUAGUCCUCAUAUGGCCUAUCAGAAUAAGGGCAGGGUGUAGACAGGCGGAUAGAGCUGUCACGUCACUUGUCAAAUAAAAUAGUAUUAGCUCGUUGUCUUAUCUUCUUUUAUGAAUGAAGGCGUUCGUGUAAAGAAAUAUAUACACACAUACAUGUGCUCAUCUUGUCGUGCAUGUUAACUAGAGACUUUAACUCUUUUAAGUCACCUUGGCCAUCCUAGCUGAUUCAGUCAACGCUUACCAGUUAGAACAGUAUUAGGAAAGAAGGAAUUGGGGUAAGAGUUUGUCUUGGCAUAGUACAUGAGAAAUGUGCUCUUAUCUUGCUGUCUUUCUUAGAAUUUUAUUAUUUGGUGUUUUCGUAUUUAAAAGUUAGGUUUUGAUUUUUCUUAUAUUUUGAAUGUUUUAUGUCUUGAGUGUUUUAUGUUUUGAAAGUUUUAUGUUAUGAGUGUUUUAUGUUUUGAGUGUUUUAUGUUUUGAGUGUUUUAAGUAGAUUAUUUAAUGUCUCCUGGAAUGCUUCUACGUUUAGUGAUUUUACUAUUGGCGCAACUCUAGUUCCUCUAGUUCAAUGUCACUAUUUCAUUUUAUAAAUCUCACAAUUUUGCGUAUGUUCUAGUCUCUUUAUGUUUUACCUGAGCUCAGGGGUUUCCCGAUCUGAACUAAGAGCAAUACAUUUCUCCUGCAUUAAGCAUCUUUGAUUUAGAAUCUUGAUACAUGCAUAUUAAUAUAUAUAUAUAUAUAUAUAUUCACCAUUCAUCUAUUCAAGUUAUUUCAAGUUUUAUAAGUUAAGAUAUAAUAGACUUGCAGCGCUUUAGUUGUCUACAAGUCAACGACCGUCCACAACACAUAGGCGUAUAUAUUCAAAUGUUAAAGCGUUACCUAAUUUCACUGAUAGUUGACUAUAAUGAAAGCUGAAUGUAGCAUUGGUUUUAUUCACAAUGUACCAUAUGACCUCAAAAUAAAAUGAUAAUCGAAUGCACUAUAGUUAGUAAAAAUAUAAUAAACAAGAAAGAACUUUUGAUUGAUUUAAUGAGAAUAACAAUCUGAAUUUUUCCCUGUCUACUCUCAAGACUUAAAAAAAAAAUUCUUCUAUGCUGAAGUUACAUUAGCUAAUACAAAUUAUUGGAGUAUUCCUAAUCAUAAGUACUAAACAUAAUAUAAAUAGAAACAUAUUUCAAAGUGUAACAAGAAAUAAUAAAGCUAAAAACGUUGCUUCACCUAGAAUUUAGUCCGUUGGUCUGCAGGGGCACCACACAUGAUCUGUUGACCGUCACCCUCCAUGCCUCUGUCGUUUGCUUUGGCUAGAAUCUCUUUCAAUGACAGGUCCGUCUAUUGUCUGAUGUUGUCUUCUCAUCACUUUCUCUGUCGUCCUCCUCUUCUUUUUCCUGAUCCUGUUCCAUCGUUCCAUGCAGGAAUGCGAGCCUCUAGAACUUCGUGAUAUGGCCAAACAUUUUUUUUUUCGUUUUUUGACUGUGGCCUGUAGGUAACUGUGGGCCCCCAAUUGCCACUGUGAUGCAUUUUUCAAAUUUUCUCAUUUGUGGUUUGGUCUUUGUAGGUGAUACCUAGGAUCAUUCUCUAGUAUCUUGACUCCAUGGCUAGGAUCCUUCUCUCUAAUACUGGAAGAACUAAAAAUGAUCACAAACAAUUUCAAAAGCUGUUUUAGUGAAACAGCAAAAGAGGUCAUCGCAGCUACGUAGCUGAUGUUCUUUUCUUCUUAUUGGUCCAUCUCUAGUUUGGGCUCUACGUAAAACUUUUACAUUUCCGUCAAAUCAUUCGUGGCUUUGUUGUUUUUUUUUUUUUUUGCUUCUUCAUACUAGUCCUUGACCUUGGAUAAAAAUGGGAGCAGUUGUACUUUAAACUCUCUAUUUGGCUUCCCCAGUCUCUCUCUCUCUCUCUCUCUCUCUCUCUCUCUCUCUCUUAGCCAAUGUAGCUUGCCGUCUCUACUUCCUAUUCCUCACUAACCCCUAUGUUUCCCUCACCAGUAAAAAAAAAAGUAAAGUUCCCCUUUCAGACCUUAUGGUCUAUAGGGCAGAUGCUGUAAAGGUCAUCUAAUUCUGUGGCCUACGGUUAACAAGGGUGUCAUGUGGCCAGCACAACGACCAACCGCCUUUACUUUUCCCCAACUAAUGUCAGGUACCCAUUAGAGCUGGGUAGACUCAGAGGCGCCCAUGGAUCCCUCACCAGUGCACUCUAGUAUUUGCUCGCUUUCAAAAAUAGCGUUUUUUUAUUGUUCUAUCAUUUUAUCUCCAUCUCUCUCUCUCUCUCUCUCUUAUUAUCUUAUUGCUAUUCUAUUGUUUUUCUCUUCUUCUUUUUUUCUCUCUAUCCUUUUCACUAAUGACAUUUCAUGUCACUGUCUGUCCCCCUCAUUCUGUCAUUCUUUCUUCUCUCUUUCUUUACCGCUCCAAUUCUCUCUCUUAUUCAUUCUUUCUCUCAUUGUCUUUUUUUUUCUUGUCUGACAUUUAUUCCCUCUCUUUUUCUCUUUAUCUUUCUUUCUCUUAUUCCUUCUCUUAUUAUCUCUCAUUCUGUCUGUCAUUAGCACGUCUUGAUAUUCUUUCUCUCAUUCUGUCAUUGUUUCUGCCUUACAUUUCUACCACUCUCUCUCUCUCUCUUUUUUUUUUCUCCUUUUCUCUAUCAAUUUUUUUUCUCUAUUUCUGUCUUUCUAUUUCUUUUUUUUUUUUUGUUAUCAUCUCUGACACCGUAUCUUUCAUCUACUCAUUUCUCUCUAAUUUUCUCUCUCUCUCUCUCUCUAUCUCACUCUCGCCAUCUCUCUUUCUAUACUAUUCUCUCUCUUUCCCUCUACCUAGUGUUCUAGCCCAAUCUCAUUGUCAGAUGAUCAAUGUCUGGUUUCUUUCUCUGUUUCUUUGUUUCUCUUUCUUUAUCACUCGUUCUUUCACCUCCCUUUUUUCACACAUCACAAAAACCAGCAAACAAAAAACAAACAAACAAAAACAAACAGCAAACAAACAAACAAAAACAACAACAACAAAACAAAACAACCAGAACGACACUAAAAAGUUCUAAUCUCUCUCACUGUCUCUCACUGUCUCUACUUUUCCCUUUAUCCCCCCCCCUCUCUCUCUCUCUCUUUUACAUUUCCAGGCACAUUUUUGCGACCUUGACAUAUAUCACAAAAGACGGCCUACUUGUUGUUUAUGUACACAUGACUGAAAUCCAGGGUUUUAUCGCUCCAUUUAUGAACACCACCCCUGACCUAUAUAGACCAGCAGAAUCUCAACACAGAUUAAAAAAAAACAAUGUUACAGCGCUCACGCCGAAAGCGAGAAGUGACUCUGUGUUUUCCUGUACACCGCCCCUCUCGGCUCAAUGAAGUCCAUAUAGCUCUUCUGACUUAAAAAGCAAUUGGGAUGGGGGAGUGUUGCUGGUCAAGUUCGAUGCUAGUUUGGUACCUGUGACAUUCAUAUAUAGCACUGGACAGCAAACGUUGAAUUGUUAAAUAGUUAAUAAAGAAAAGCAAAGAUUACUAAAUCAAACAGAGAUGUCACUUUAAAACUAUUGAACAAGACUAAUUGUUCUGACGUAGCUGAGAUUUGCAGGGUGAAGCUAAUAGAAUGGAAGAGGGAUCUGUAUUGGAUGGUGUGCUAGAGUCUCUUCGCUGGAAUGGCAGAUACCAAAAGACGAGAUCGUUGGUCUAUCUCACGGCAUUUACAGUUAUGGUCAUGCAUUCUAUGAGUCUACUUUUUAUCGGAAAGAUUGUAGCACACACGUGUCAGCCACUGGACAACUUGACUGUAACUUUGGACAACAUCACAUUUGACAUCAUCGUUAACAGCAGCAACAGCGCUUUCAACGUGAGUUACGGCGAGUGCUCACUCGAUGUCUUCAACGGCACCGGCAUCAUUUACUCAAGCGAGUGUCGGGCGGGGUAUCAGUACACUGAGCCAAAAUAUUCUUCUUAUGUUUCAGAGUGGGACCUGGUCUGUGAGAAGCAGCCAUUGGCCGAUCUCUCCCUUACCAUCUCAUUGGCUGGAAAUCUCGCAGGGUCAUUGUUUCUGUCGGGACUUGCUGACAAAUAUGGACGGAAAAUUACAUUCAUGGUCAGCAACUUGUUGUUUUUUAUCACCGCUUUGGCCUGCUCAUUUCCGCUCAAUUUUGAAUCUUUUUUAGUCUUAAGCUUUCUUUCCAGAGCCUUUGUGUCUACAACACAUUUAUGCACCAUGGUGCUGAGCGUUGAGAUUAUGCCAACGGAACACAGGGCACUUCCAGAGCAGAUCAUCGCCUACCUGUGGCCUGUAUCUCUAUUAAUUUGUUGUUUGGUGGCCUACUUGGCCAGAGAACUGAACUGGAGAUACCUCGAACUCAUACUGACCUUAUUGUCUUCCUAUGUUGUUGUCCAGUGGUGGGUCACUGACGAAUCAUUACACUGGCUACUAGCUUCAGGAAAAAUCGAUGAUGCAAAGAAACUUGUCAGAAAAAUCGCAGAGAUAAAUCGCGUUGAUCCUCAGAAGGCUUUAGAUCUCAUAGACCAAUACGGUCACAAAGCUGGUCAGCCAGAAAAUGACCCGAGCAACAUACCACUGAAUACUAUACCACAAAAAUUACCCUCCGACGUGGAUGCUAUUGUGUGCAAUCAAAAGGAUACCGACAAUGAGGUCAAGGUGAUAUGCAAAUCGCAAGUAGCAGACGAUUCUCUCUUAUCAUUUGUUCGAAACAAAAAUCUCUUCAAGCUGACUGUCAUUUCAUGCUUAUUGUGGUUUGCAGACAGUGUGACGUAUGAUGGACUUCUUUUGACGUCAUCGAGUCUGGCCAAUGACUUUUAUGUCGGGUUCACUAUCAAUGUGUUGGUGGAGUUUCCAGCAGCAUUUCUGUUUAGUCUUUUGAUUGACAGACUCGGUAGAAAGAAAUGCGUAAGCAUUUUUCAUUUGAUAUCAGGAGUAUCUUUGAUAGUUUCCAGCGUGCUGUUGAACGCUAAGUUUGCUGAAAACAUUUCUGCCUGCUACUGGAUUGGUCUAAUGUUUGCAUUGCUUGGUAAAAUGGCCAUAACAGCUGGGUACUCAGCGGUUUUUCUAUAUACUCCAGAAUUAUUUCCCACUUCAAUAAGAAACACAGGCUACGGCUUCUCAAGUGUGGCGGCGUUGUUAGGGUCAAUGAUCUCACCAUACAGCAGAACUUUGAGCAAACAAUAUCCUUGGGUUCCAUCAGUGGUGUUUGGGAUGCUCUGUUUUGCGGUGCCUGUACUGACCACCUUACUCCCAGAGACCACUGGCCACGAGCUACCACUGAGCGUGGCUGAAAUGGACAAGUGGAUGAACGAUUAUAGCAAGAAGAAAACCUCCAAGAUCAAAGUCUGACAAUACAAAUUACCUUGCUCAACACAAUGUGUUUAAAGACAUCAUCAGAUGAUAGCUGAUAAACACCGAAGUUCUGUGAACGGUCUGAUCAUGCCAUGGGCUAUGCAAAUCAAUGGAAAGCCUAUUUGGAACAAAUGUAUUGUAUAUUUACUAAUAUUUAGUUCUUAUACGAUAUUAUGAAUGGCACCAGUAAAUAUGCUCUCAUAUAAGGCUGUUGUCUUUACAAAUAUAUAUAACUAACAAAUAUGUUUAUACAAUACAUGAACACUGUAAUAAAUAUAUACAUAUA